CAAAGGCUGAGAGCAACACACUAAACGCCCAAAGCCAUAAUCAGAAAUCAGAUGCCAGCCUCCUCCAAAGCCAAGAGCCUAAGCUCUCUGGUUCGCUCAGCCAUCAAAUCCAAAGCCUCCUCCAUAUCUCUAGCCUCACCCGCCGACGACGCAACUCUCAAGCAUUUCGCCUCCUCCCUCGACUCCUCCCCUCCCUCCAAACCAAAGUCCAAGAAGUCCAUCAAGUCCAACAAGCCACUCUCCGAACCCACCGCUCCUUCUGCGGUCGCCAGCUUGAACUUGGACCCGGGCUCGGCUUCAGAAGAUUUGACGAACGAGCUGCCUGGGGGGAUAUUUUCGAUAUUGUCUGGUGGUAGUUCUAGUAAUUCUCCUGAUGUCCAGGGAACUGAAGAUGAGAAAUCUAUGGAAAAUGCAUUGGACUUACCAUGGUUUCCUGACAUGUCUCAUAGUGUGCUAUCAAUGCGUCGCAAAGAAGUGACUCGUGAAAGGAAGCAAAAGUGGAUUUUCAAAAGCUCUCAGGUAAACCGUUUUGGUCGGUUAGUUAACAUGUGUGCCGACAGGCUAGGGACACACACCACUAUUCAGGUGUUUGAUAAAUUGGGACGAGAAAGUGGUGUGAAAGAAUAUAAUGCAUUGAUAAAAAUAUGCAUAGAGAGGGCUAGGAGUAGUGCCGACGAAGAUGUUGGAUUAGAACAGAUUCACAUGGCUUUUCAAAUUUUUAAAUCCAUGAAGGAACAAGGUUUUCUGCUGGAAGAAGAAACAUAUGGUCAAUUUCUUGCAUAUCUAGUUGACAUGGGUAUGACAGAAGAAUUUCAAUUUUUCUGUGGAGUUAUCAAAGCUGAAAACCCUAGUUCAGUUGCAAGACUAGGAUACUAUGAGAUGCUGUUAUGGAUCAGAGUCGAUGAUGAAGAAAAAAUUCAAGAGCUCUGUAAUUACAUCGUAAGUGAUGAUGAAGGAACGAUGUCCGUUUUACAAGAGAAUUAUCUGUUAGCACUUUGUGAAAGUGACCGGAAGGAGGAGAUUUUGCAGUUGUUGGAAAUUAUGGACAUAACCCAAAUCUCAUCAUUGGAUUGUGUGGCUAGUAUCUUUACAUGCUUGGGAAGGCUACUACUGGAGUCCUAUGCGGAGAAGUUCCUUCUGUCAUUUAAAGCCUGUGACCAUGCAGCAGAGAACAUUACAAACUUCAUCAGUAGUUAUGUUGUCGGCAUGCCAAAUUUAGCGGUUGAGGAUGUCAUUUCAAACUUUAAAAAUUGGCACACGAAACUGGAGGUGACUCCUUCAUCUGCUGGCUAUGAGAAGCUUAUCAUGUACUGUUGUGAAUCACUUAAGGUGCAUGUGGCUCUUGAAAUGGUUGAGGAGAUGUGUGAACGGGGUUUGACCAUUUCGAUAGGGGCAUUACACUCCAUUUUACGUGCUAGUGACGAGAGCUGUGAUUUUAAUCUGGUUCGCCAAAUGUAUUCAAUGAUUUGUCGGUACAAAUUAAAGCCAAAUGGUGAAACUUUCAGGAGUAUGAUAACUUUGUGCGUGAAAAUGAAAGAUUAUGGAGGUGCGUAUGACAUGCUAAGUGAUUUGGAGAAAAUGAAUUUAACUCCUACUGCUAGCAUGUACAAUGCUAUAAUGGUGGGAUUUUUCCGAGAGAAGAACAUUUAUGGUGGGUUGAGGGUUUUCAAACAAAUGAAAGAAGCAGAUGUACAACCAGAUUCCCAGACUUUCAGCUAUCUAAUUAGUAACUGCAACUCUGAAGAGGAUAUUAACAAGUAUUAUGAAGAAAUGAAGCGUUCUGGAAUUCAAGUUAACAAGCAAAUUUUCAUGGCACUUGUAAAUGCAUACGCAACUUGUGGACAGUUUGAAAAGGCAAAACAGGUAGUCUUAGAUAAAGGGAUUCCAGUAAAGUGCUUGAAUGAAAUUAAAAGCAUGCUUGUCCAAUCCCUUGCAUCACAUGGGCAAUUGUCUGAUGCGUUCAGUAUAUAUGAAGAGAUGAAGCAAGCUGGAUGCAGUUUAGAGCCGAAAGCUGUUAUAAGUCUUAUUGAGCACCUCCAAUCUGAUGAAGAAUUAAGCAGAUUACUCCCUCUUCUUGACGAAUUAGAUGAUCCAGACUAUUGGUUUGAGGGUUGCCUGAGAACGAUCUUAUAUUGUGUUCGGUACAAGCACUUAAGACCUGCGCUCAAUUUACUCAAGCAACUCAGGGAUAAAAUCUGUACUGACGAAUUAGCUCUAGAAGUAAUUUUUAAUCAGGUGUUUGCCCUAAUUGCAGAAUCAGAGUCUACACAUUUGCAGUUGGGCUUGGAUUUGCUUCAUGCUAUCAAGAAUGAGCUUGGCCUCACCCCUUCACGGAAAUGUCUUGAUUUUCUUCUCCACGCUUGUGCUAAUGCCAAAGAUCUGAGAAAUUCCAAACUGAUUUGGAAAGAAUAUGAAGCUGCUGGCCUGCCUUACAACACUUUAAGUUUCAUAAGGAUGUAUCAAGCCCUUUUGGCUGCAGGGGACACCAAGGCUUCGAAAAUUUUGCUUAGUAAAAUUCCUAAAGAUGAUCCCCAUGUUCGAACUAUCAUUAAAGCAUGUAAAACCAUUUACUCAGAGGGUAAGAAGUACAAGAAAUAAACAAGAUGAAUGCAUCCUUCAAAUUAAUGCAUUGAAUUUGAUAAGCGACUUUUUUUUUUUUUUGGCUCCUUGAGAAAUGAAACCACGAGCCUUGUACUGUGAUAAGUCCCGUAUAUCCAAUGUGUACGGAAUGCUGGUUCUAUAUGCUUAAUUCACAUCGUUUGUUUUUUGGUCGUUGCA